AUGUCCGCUCCACAACAGCAGCAGCAGGGCCAGGCAGGCCAGCAAUCCAGAAGAGGUGGUUUCGGUGGCAGAAACAAGGGCCGCCAGGGUAGAAAGGGUAGAAGAGAGAGCGAGGAGAAGGGGUGGACGCCAGUGACCAAGUUGGGUAGACUAGUCAAGGCCGGCAAGAUCACCACGAUUGAGGAGAUCUUUUUGCACUCUUUGCCCGUGAAGGAGUUCCAGAUCAUUGACACUUUGUUGCCAUCUUUGAAGGACGAGGUGAUGAACAUCAAGCCGGUGCAGAAGCAGACCAGAGCUGGUCAGAGAACCAGAUUCAAGGCUGUGGUUGUUGUUGGUGACCGCAACGGGCACGUUGGUUUGGGUAUCAAGACGGCCAAGGAGGUUGCAGGCGCUAUUCGUGCGGGUAUUAUCAUUGCGAAGUUGUCUGUGAUUCCUAUCAGAAGAGGUUACUGGGGUUCGAACUUGGGUCAGCCACACUCUUUGGCCACCAAGACGUCUGGUAAGUCCGGGUCUGUCACUGUGAGAUUGAUUCCAGCUCCAAGAGGUUCUGGUAUUGUUGCUUCUCCAGCUGUCAAGAAGUUGUUGCAGUUGGCUGGUGUGGAGGAUGUUUACACUUCCUCUCAGGGUUCGACCAGAACCUUGGAAAACACCUUGAAGGCGGCGUUUGUUGCCAUCGGUAACACGUACGGUUUCUUAACCCCAGACUUGUGGGCCGAGCAUGCCUUGCCAGGUUGUCCAUUGGAUAUCUACGCCGAUGAGGCCAUUGCCCAAAAGAAGAGAUUUUAA